CAGACGGCUGCAAGAGGAUGGCUCCGAGAGGACCAGGGACUACGGAAGAGCCAAACUGAACUUUCUAUGGGCUCCUGGACUAGGAGAGAUUGGGAACCCGGAAACUGAACAAGAUCUGUGACAUUGGCCUUGCUGUCAGAAGUGAGACAUUUCUGGUGUCAGAAGUGGAAUCUGAAGUGACACACUGUCUUGACUCUGCUGCCACUGUUGGAUAUGAACAGAUAUGAGCCUGGUAUCUGCAGUCAACCCAUUAUGCUCUGUCAUCUUCCUGAUGAUCCUGGGUUACCGUGCUACAAUUCCAUGUUUCCUGAAAGAAAUGACUGGGUGCAAUUAUUCCACUGUGACUGAGUUUGUCCUAGAAGGAUUAACACACCAGCCAGAACUCCAGCUGCCCCUCUUCUUCCUGUUUCUGGGAAUCUACGUGGUCACUGUAAUGGGAAACCUGGGGAUGAUCCUCCUAAUCACUUUGAAUGCCAAGCUCCAAUCUCCCAUGUACUUCUUUCUGGGUAAUUUGUCAUUCAUCGAUCUCUUUUACUCAUCAGUUGUUACCCCCAAACUCCUGGGAAACUUUGUUUUGGAGCAGAAUGUUAUUUCCUACCCUGGAUGUAUCACACAGCUUUUCUUUUUUUGUGUUUUUGCUAUUGGAGAGUGUUUUAUGUUGACUGCAAUGGCAUAUGAUAGAUAUGUGGCUAUCUGUAAUCCACUGCUGUACAGUGUCACCAUGUCCCAAAAAGUGUGCAAUGCAUUGGUUGUUGGGGUCUACACCAUGGGUACAAUUGGAGCUUUAUCCCAUACAAUCUCUAUGACCAGAAUUUCCUUCUGUGGGGACAAUGUCGUCCACGAUUACUUCUGUGAUAUAAUUCCUCUCCUCAAACUCUCCUGUUCUAGCACUUAUAUAAACGAGCUUCUAGUGAUAUAUGUGGGUGGGUUCAAUGUGCUGUCAACAACUGGGACCAUCAUUGUCUCUUAUGCUUUCAUUAUUGCUAAUAUUCUUCGAAUUCCCUCAGCUGAAGGCAGGUCCAAAGCCUUUGGUACCUGUGGCUCUCACCUGACAGCUGUUGGGAUCUUUUAUGGCUCCAUCGUGUUUAUGUAUUUUAAGCCCUCCUCCAGCAGCAGCAUGACGCAGGAGAAGGUGGCCUCUGUGUUCUAUACCACGGUGGUCCCCAUGCUGAAUCCCUUGAUCUAUAGCUUGAGAAAUAAGGAUGUAAAGAACGUGCUGAGAAAAGUCAUCGCGAAGAUGUAUGGGUCACCUCAGGGUGGGGGUCAGAACCAGUGA